AUGCCGUCAAAGGUAGCGAGAAGGGGCAAAGGUCCGAGGGAUCAACCACAGCAUGUGGAGACCGCAGUCGAUCCACCUUCGAAAUUGCUGUCAUCGGUGCUCAGCACGCUCUCAUUGACGUUCGAAAAAGACACCGGGAUGCUCAAUGGCAGGUAUGUGAGAUCUGUACCGGAUAGACCAGCUCUGAUUGAGCUCAAAGGUCAGCUCGACAAGUUGCUUGCGUCUCUGAAGGAGAUUGCCGAGAGCGAUAGAGAAACAAUUCAAGCGAUUGAAAGGAUACGAGAUGCCAGGAAGGUGCAAGAAGCGCAACGAACCCAAGAAGAUCGCAGCGCUGAGCGAAGUCGCGAUGAAGGGGCUGGGAAGCCGGAUGCAAACGUGCAACAAUUUGAGCUUAAACAGGACGCCGUGGACGCUGAACCGGCAACGGGGAAGCCAGAAGAGGCAACGCCUCAUGCUUCCGCAGCUGGUACGAGCUCUGACGAAGGAAGCGAGACCACAGUCAUACCUAAAAGGCGGAAGCGAUCUCUUAACAUCGAGAUCGACGAUGAAGAAGGCGAUGAGGUGAAACUAGAGAAGCCCACAGACAACAUCUCGGUGAGUCCGUCAAAGAAGGUGAAGCUAGAUGCGAAAAACGUGGCAGAUAUUCGUGGCGAAAGGAGACAGAGCGAACCGAUGGUCAAGAACCCGAAAUCGGAAUUCGUAGUCUCGCAAACGUUGCCAGCAGCGGCGGCGGCGUUAGGCCUUUUUAAUGAAUCAGGACUGGAAAGCACAGGGGAAGAAAAUUUAAAAAGAAAAUAUGAUGUUGCCAGUUACCCAACGAACGAUCUUAAAGACCUUUUACCAGGCGAGCUACCAGAUAAGGAUUUUUCUCAUCCAAAACCGACUAACCAAAUUCAGUAUGGUACCUUCCUCAGCUCGGUUGAGAAUUUCUUCCGCCCGCUUAACGACGAUGACAUCAAGUUUCUCAAACGUAAGUAUAUCAUCCCUACAAGCCUGGAAAUGGACAAGUCGUACGACCCGGAGGUGACCUCCUUCGUCAUACCGCGAUUAGGCCCUUUGUACAGUAAUAUUUGGUUGAAGGACCAAUCAUCGCAGGAUAUGGCAACUGCCUCACCUCCACCGGUGAGCGAUCUCACCUCAGUCUUACCUCGAAAAAGUGCCGCCGACAUCAAUGAUUCCACCUUAGAGACAGAAGAUAUUUCCUGUGGUCCGCUUGUUUCAAGACUGCUCUCCGCAAUCUUAAAAGACGAGAAUGAAAAUAAGCUCAGCACUAAUGAUUCCAAAGUCCGGAUAAAAGAAGAAAACCUCCCGAAUGGUAUUCUCACUUCCCAGAGUGACUCUCUGAACAAUUUUGAAGAGACGCCCGCUGCCGCGGCUGCGCAGACCCCCAUGAGCGAGACUGAUGAAUCAGCCAAACCGCUGACUGGCGGAAUGACGAGCUCACUGCCUGAGCCACAUCGAUGGACAAUCAACAGCAUCAACCUCGAUUAUCCCACCUUCGAAGAACGAUUGAAAAGAGAGCUAAAGUACGUGGGCAUCUACGUCAACAUGCCCAAGGAUGAAAGCAAUCCAACAGGUGACGACCCGGAUUGGCUGACCGGCAGAGAGGAUGAUGAAAUUAGCGCCGAGUUGAGAGAGCUGCAAAACUCGCUGAAGCAAGUGACUGUAAAAAAUCAAAAGCGAAAAAACGCACUAAUACCACUUGUCGAACGACGGCUAGCAUGGCAAGAGUACUCUUCCAUUCUGGACGAUCUCGAUAAACAGAUCGAUCAAGCAUACGUGAAGAGAAUCAGAGUCCCUAAGAAACGAAAGAAAAAUCAUCCAACCACCUCUUCCGUAGCCAAUACUGAGUCGGCUUCUCAGGUUGCCCAACAGAAGGCUGCCAAUUCCAGUUUAAAGGCCUUAUUGGACAAGAGACAGCGGUGGAUCACCAAAAUAGGGCCGUUGUUCGACCGGCCAGAGAUCAUGAAGCGCAUCCCGAAAGAAAGCGUGUUCAAAGACCUGGACCAAGAAGAGGAAGAAGAAGAGACGGAUCCCUUCGCACAAAACGGCAACAGCAAGGAAGACGAGCUAGCGGACGCAUAA